AAUGGCGCAAAGCACUGCAAGUACUACGGCGACUUCAUCAGUGGUUCCAAGCACUACAGUAGCUGCUACAUCCUCAAUGACGGUGGGUACAACCGCAACAACUGCAGCAUCUUCAAUGAACCCGAGCACUUCUGCAGGAACUGCUACUUCCUCGACAAAUCCUAGUACUACUGCAACAGCUGUAACGUCCUCAAUGGCACCCAGCACUGUAGGAACGGCGGCAACUUCAUCAGUGGUUCCGACCACUACAGUAGCUGCUACAUCUUCAAUGACGGUGGGUACUACUGCAACAACUGCAGCAUCUUCAAUGAACCCGAGCACUUCUGCAGGGACUGCUACUUCUUCGAUGAAUCCUAGUACUACUGCAAUGUCGUCAAUGGCGCCUAGCACUGCAAGUACUACGGCGACUUCAUCAGUGGUUCCGAGCACUACAGCAGCUGCUACAUCUUCAAUGACAAUGGGUACUACCGCAACAACUGCAGCAUCUUCAAUGAACCCGAGCACUUCUGCAGGAACUGCUACUUCCUCGAUGAAUCCUAGUACUACUGCAACAACUGCAACGUCCUCAAUGGCACCCAGCACUGUAGGUACGGCGGCGACUUCAUCAGUGGUGCCGAGCACUACAGUAGCUGCUACAUCUUCUAUGACAGUGGGUACUAGCGCAACAACUGCAGCAUCUUCAAUGAACCCGAGCACUUCUGCAGGAACUGCUACUUCCUCGACAAAUCCUAGUACUACUGCAACAACUGCAACGUCCUCAAUGGCACCCAGCACUGUAGGAACGGCGGCAACUUCAUCAGUGGUUCCGAGCACUACAGUAGCUGCUACAUCUUCAAUGACGGUGGGUACUACUGCAACAACUGCAGCAUCUUCAAUGAACCCGAGCACUUCUGCAGGAACUGCUACUUCUUCGAUGAAUCCUAGUACUACUGCAACAACUGCAACGUCGUCAAUGGCGCCAAGCACUGCAAGUACUACGGCGACUUCAUCAGUGGUUCCGAGCACUACAGUAGCUCUACAUCUUCAAUGA